AUAAACAUGAAAAAAUUAAAGCUUAAAGAACUGGAAAGCUGUCUUCAGCAAGUCGAUACUUUUGAAAGUCCAAAACUACUCCUUGAGCAGUAUCCAACGAGACCUCAUAUUGCAGCGUGUAUGCUUUAUACAAUUCACAAUACUUUUGAUGAUAUUGAAAACAAAACAAUUGCAGACUUGGGAUGUGGUUGUGGCAUGCUCAGCAUUGGAAGUGCAAUGUUAGGAGCAGGAUUGUGUGUGGGGUUUGACAUAGAUGCAGACGCAUUGGAAAUAUUUAAUAGAAAUAUUGAAGACUUUGAACUCACGAAUGUCAACAUGGUUCAGUGCGAUGUGUGUUCCUUAUCUGACAGCAUGUCAGAGACUUUUGACACAGUUAUUAUGAACCCUCCAUUUGGUACCAAGCAUAAUAAAGGAAUGGAUAUGAUAUUCCUGAAAACUGCUUUACAAGUGGCAAAGACAGCUGUAUAUUCCCUUCACAAAACUUCAACACGGCAGUACAUUCAGAAGAAAGCAGGUGAAUGGGAAGUAAAGAUGGAAGUCAUAGCAGAACUUAGAUAUGACCUACCAGCAUCAUACAAGUUUCAUAAGAAGAAAUCAGUUGACAUUGAAGUGGAUUUCAUUAGGUUUUCUGCCAAGAAACUCCAGAACUGAAGCGUGUCCUUAAAACAUACUGAAAAUGGAACAAUAAAAACAAUUAUUUUUU